AUGUCGAUUCCAGGCUACGCCAACCUUCUUGGUCAUCUACACAACUCUGCCGCUCCCCUUCCUCUCGCUACCCUCCAGCCGGCACUUGCGCACUAUCUCUCCAAGCAAAAUCCUGUACCGACUACUCUCGUUGCGUCUAUAAUAUCUUCGCCUUAUUUCAAUGUCCAUCCCAUCUCGUAUUCUACACAACAAAGCCUAUUCACGGCUCUUCGGCAUGCCACGCAUCUUAAAUACCGCCAAUGCAUAGCCUCUGAGGAAACGCAGAGCUUUGCCAGCCUUCCUUUCGCGCGGAGUGUCAGAUCCCGCAUGCGACAAUGGAGCGAUGGGGUGGUCAGCGGUGUCAAGGGUGGACAGCCAAUCUUGAAGCUGGCUUGUUGCGGAGGGCUACUUGCGGGGCUCGAAGACCUCAAGACUGCGGAGCACUUGUACCUCCGAUCUUCCAAUCUUGAAGAUGAGGUCGUUGUAGCGCUCGCAGAGGCUAUGGACCUCUACGGGAGCACUGGUGCGGAGUGGGAAAGCGAGUUCCGGCCUGCUGGCGAUGUCGACACAAUGACUCUGGCCCUUAUCUUGGCCUCGCAAUGCCUCGUUUUGGUGACCCCCAACAAGCUGAAAGCGUUGCCGCUCGCUUCACUUGCGGAGCUGUUGACCUUUGCGGUGGGGGCUGCAUUCUCGCCUGGGGCAUUCCUAUCCUCUGCAUCUUCUUCGCACUCUGAAGAGUCGAAAGUCGGUGUGUCCUCUCUGACGUAUAUCACUAUCGUUAACAUACCUCAAAAGCCCUCUGGUCUACUUUCUCGAGUCAACGAGUCUCCACUGAUGCAUUCCAUCGCGUCGUUGUCCAAAUUGCUGUCACUUACCAUCGGAAUCUUAUGCGAAGCCCAUCCGGCCGAGGGUCUCGCAUCAUCCUAUGCGACGCUAACAAACCUGCGACCCAUCUCGAAGACUGUGGAAAGCGAUUGGACAGCAAGUCAGAUUGCAGACAAAAUGCGAAGCCAGCGGCCAGAUUCUGAGAGCGCCGGGGCUCUGGUCUGGAAGACGUUGAAAACCUUGUUGUUUGCCAACAUCAUGAUCGCGGACGCUGCUUUAUCCGCUGCCGUCUUCGUUCCUCCAUCUGCUUACCAAGCUGCUCGCUGCGAACCGUCGGAUCUUUCCCUGACGGUGCUUCGCACAUUGUUAACCUAUCCUUCUCCGGGAUUCACUGAGUUGAAGAAGACGUUUUACCUCGCGCUUGACAUCCUGUCCAAGAACGCACCGGAAAGCGACCGGUUUGUAAGAGAGUUAUGUGUGUCUGUACGCGGAGGCAUCGGUGCGGAUGUGAUGGCGAAAACUGCAUUUGCAUUAACUUGCAUCGAGCAACUCGUGGCCGUUCUCAGCGGUGAAUGUAUCAAGGAAGAUGCUUUGCCAAUUUUACUUCCGUAUCUCUCCGAUAUCGAGCACCGGGAGGCUUACGAGUCCAGUCACUCUGUCAUCCUGGCAAUUUUCGCUUCAAAUGCCGAAAAGAGACUGGACCCUGGCUUGAUUGCACAGCUUGUUCCUUUCUAUGCGGACUGCUUGAUUAAGAACUCGAAUCAAGACCAGCUGAGCACAUCGCAGCUGAGGCUGGCCUACUCUUCGCUUGUUCAAGGAGCAGGAACGUCUGACGAUCUUGCUCUCACGUGGUAUUGUGUUCAGCUCCUUCUGGAUUCGGUCCGAUCACCUGAUAUCGGGGACGAAACUCUCCGCGACAGACAGCGCUUGGCACUUGUGUCCAUCUUGCCCUCGCUUCCGCUGGACCUGCUUCCCCGGGCGUUGGCUGAGAUCCAGCUGGUGCUGGAGGAUAAGGAGAUUCAGGACGAGAGACGCGGCGGACUACUGAAUGCGGUGUUUGAAGAAAUCACCCAGGCUGUCGGAGAUGCCGAGAAGGACCUGUGCCUGCGGUGGUGGUCGAAUCUAUCGAGGCCUCAUCUUUAG